UUCUAUCGAUUUUGAUGUGGAGCGAGGUUUGCCGGCAAGGACGUCUGUUUUCACCUUCAAAAUUGUCUGGUGUUUUAAGAAGACAAAAUUAGGACUUGUGCCAGACAUCAGCAGACCGUUAGAGCGGUUAGGAAGGCGGGAGAGCAGAGCUAAAGUCGAAACAGCCAGCUAUGUAAGGGACGGGUUUGACACUGUGAAGCGCCUACUGGAUGAUGCGAGAAUGUUUGACCUUGAGACCACGGCAAGUGUCAACAAAAGUUAAAGCUAUCUAGGGCAAAAUAGGCGGAGUUUCGUGGACUGUUCCCAUGUCAGUUUGUGAUGUCCACGCGAAAUUAAUAUAAAUACUAACCAUGUACCUAACAUUUACGACAUUAGGGUCUCGGUGCGCUUGGAAAGGCGAAGGUGGGCCUAUCAGUUGGUAUCAUCAUCCGCUGAUGAAGGAUAACACAGGAACGUGUUCCGAGAGUGAUGUCGAUCGCGCAGAGCGGGGAAGUGUCCAUACCCCAGGCACACAGCGGCGAAGAUUUUAGCCGGUAUCUCCCAAGGAACCUUUCCUACGCUGAAGACAGCCAGCUGGAUUAUUACAGCGUGAGUGCUAAUUUUGUACAUAAACCCCUGAAUUGGCUUGGCGACCUACAGUUUGCACAUUUUCAGAGACCCCAAAGUCACCGUGACAUUCGUACGCUAAUAAUGACAGAUAUGCAGAGCUCCGCAGUUCACUCAGCCGCAGAAACUCUGCGAGAAUUCUCUAUUUCCGUGCCGGACUGCUCUCGGCAAACCUCCUCUUCAGACACGGGAGAUAGUGAGGAAGGUGUCUUCCUCAACAUGCUCGAUGAUUUGGACUCCCUUGAUAGCGAGACCGUUGGUGUACGGUCAUUUUGCAGCGAUGACUUCGCAGUGGAUUCCAUCAAUAGUCCGGACGAAGAUGAACUACUAGCCAGAGACAAAGUGAACGACGAAUUAAGCGAAGCAGUCGCAGCCAUGACGAAUUCCAAAUCAGCUGAUAUGACCGAAAAGCCGAAUGAAACCGAAGCGGUCACAGAAGCACUGACUACAUCGGCUGAUGCUUUGGACGAAGAGCCGAGACAGAUUGAAGCGGUCAGAGAACCAAUAACUAGAUCAGCUGAUGUGACCGAAAAGAAAAAAAAGGAACCGAUCAAAAAAUUUUACGAUCCCCGUGACCUGAAAAUAGCCAUUAAUGAUGUGCCAUUGGUGGAAGCUGGCUCGGAAAAAUCCAUCUUUGAUUUGAUAGGAACAGACAGUCCCGUUCUCUAUGAAGACCGAGAAUUCAAUUUUUCCAAAUCUGAGCUGCGAAAGUCGCGUUCCCUUAAGACGAACAAAACUCCACCUGGAACUCCGCACAGAAAAAAAGUUGUCAGAUUUGCAGAUGCCAUGGGUUUAGAUCUGGAAUCCGUGCGUCACAUUUUAAACUUGGAUUCCCCUCCCAAAAUCCCAGCUUCAGCUAUGAAAGACUUACAAGUCGGGUUAGGGGAAGACCGGAAGACCCAAGGCAGUGUGUACUUAGCCAUCACGUUUCCCCAGCCUGGUGCAUCCUACACGUUUGUAAGAAAAGUUCUUGACCAGAAGGUGUGCUUGGAGAACGCUGUGGUGACGGAUCUUACCAUUACAGGCUUUGUACGUGUGGCAAAUAUAGGCUUUCACAAAGCAGUACGCAUUCGGUAUACAGUGAACGGUUGGGAGAGUUUUUACGAUAUAGCGGCCUCUUACGUUCAGAACUCUUGUGAUGGGCCGACAGACAGGUUUUCUUUCAGUAUCGUGGCCCCAGCAAACUUCACCGUCGGUUCCAAGAUGGAGUUCGCAAUUUCUUACUCGGUGAACGACACUCAAUACUGGGAUAGCAACGGGGGACAGAAUUAUGUCUUUGUUUGCUACGCGAAAACCAUACCGUCUGAAGUCGAUAAUUCCUGGAUGCAUUUCUUAUGACGUCCUUACACAAUAUGUGACAUUCUUCGGUCAACUGGAUGUUAGGUGACGUGAAAGAAACAAAAAAACAGUGCUUUUAUGUUGGGAUUAUAUUCCUUUCUGAUACAGUGUGUAUUUAUUAUAAGAUAUUAACAAAGUGGAGUUGCUCAAUGGUCAAGACUUGUAUGUCUAAUACUGUAAGUAUUCCCUAUUCACAACCGAGUGUAUUCUAGGUCCCCCAAGAAGUCAGUACAAGGCCACUGCACUGUUUUACUUUUUUUAAAUUAUUAUUACCAUUUUUAUGCGUUAUAAGAAGAAUUAUGAAAGCUAUAUGAAGACGUUUCGAUUUGAACAAAAUAGCAUCAAAUCGAUCUUGAAUAGUGAUAUGAGU